AUGACAACUGUAGAGAGCAAUCUGGAAACCAAACUUACACAAUUGGACAUUAACGUGAAGAAAACUAACGUCGUCAUUGAGAGCCAAAACCCAGAGGCUACUGAGCGACAUCUACAAACUUUAAAGGCAAUCUCGGACACUGUGAAUCAUUUGAGACUUGAGAUCGAAGCGAAGAAAAUUGAAUCGAAAGUAAACAGCCAUGCAAUUCAAACUUGGAACGACGAUGUAGACUCUAAACUACAAGCAGCGGACGUCGAAAUUGGGAGGAUAACGUAAAUAAGUAUGCGAUCAUGAAAAAGAAGCAGAGAUAAACGCGAAGAAGGAACAGCUGCAAUUCGAAGAAGAAAUCCAAAAGAUGAAGCUGCAACUAAAAGCAGACCAACUAGCCAAGACGACAAGCCAAAACGAAGGAGUCGGUCAAGGCUUAUCUUCUUGUGGUGUACAAGCAAAACUACCAAAACUUCUGAUUACAAAAUUCGAUGGUUCUCAUAUGGAUUGGCCACGAUUUUGAGGAGAAUUUGCGGAGAAUAUUGACAAGACAAAUGUCGCGCCAAUCACCAAAUUCACUUAUUUACGAGAGUUGGUCACCCCACAGGUUAGCCGGAUGAUCGAAGCCUUACCUUUCACUGCAGAGGGGUAUAACCCCACGAAGAGCAUAUUCAAGGAGAAGUUCGGCAAGGACUCGGAAAUAAUCAAGGCUUACACAAAGGAGAUACUCAAACUUCCUACCCUGAUGGGCACAAAUCCCAAAGCUAUAAGCGAUUUCAGUGAGAAACUAACCUAUUGUGUGCAAGCUUUACAAACGCUAAACAAGCUAAAGCAAGUAAACAGAGCUACUUUGAUGACCCUGGGAUUCGUGGGGACCUUGUGCGUACAGACCCGGAAUGGGAGAAAUGGGAUUUUGUGAAACUCAGCGAGGCCAUCCGUUUGUGGACAAGAAGAAAUCAUGUCGAUACGAAAUCAAAUGAGAGAGAUUCGGGUGAACGGUGAAACCAGAAGUGGGAUUGAUCACGCAAACUCUACAAGCGCGUGGGCAAGAUUUCAACCCAAAGAAUGCGUUUACUGUGAGGAUGUGAGUCACAAACCAUUGAACUGUCAAAAGAUUACAAAAAUCGAAGAAAGA